GCUGCCUGUGAAUAUGUGCAUCGCUGUUUCAACUUUCUUAACAUCGGGGGCCAGGAUGGGGAGGAAGAGGAUGCACAGAAUGCAAAUGUAAAAUGCCAAGGCCCUAUCCGAUUGAUUUUGGAGAGAGUGGAGGGUCCUCAGCACCUCGCAGGAGGCUCUCGGAACAUCUAA